AGCACACAAUCUUGUCAGCUCUCUCUUCAAUGAUGAGUUGUAUCAGAAUUUUCUUAGCGUCAACCGUCCAGAGGAUGACAAGUGGAUGCAAGAAAAGAAAGACACCGAAACUUUCUUCCAGGUUUGAUGUGCGGCCUGCAGCUGCAACCUCAUCUUUUGCAGGCAUGGAAGUCUCCAGCCAAUUCAGGCAAGUGUUUGAGGUCAUGGAUGCAAAUGGGGACGGGAAAAUCUCCCCUCUCGAGCUCAGCGCCGUGCUUUCGUGCCUCGGAAAGAAGAAGUCGAUCGCCGCAGAGGAAGCUGAAGGGAUUGUGAGGGAAAUGGAUCGUAACGGAGAUGGAUGCAUAGACUUGGAUGAAUUCAUGAACGCAGUGAAUGUUGACAGAUCAAGAAGUAAUGAUAGUAAUAGUGUUGGGUUUGGAAAUGAGGAAGAAGACUGUGAACUCAUGGAUGCUUUUCGUAUUUUCGACACGGAUAAGAACGGGAAGAUUUCAGCCAAGGAGUUGCAGAGGGUUCUGUUCAGCCUUGGAUGCAAAGAAUGCAGCCUUAGAGAGUGUAGGCAAAUGAUUAAAGGGGUCGAUAGGAAUGGAGAUGGAGCUGUGGAUUUUGAAGAAUUUAGGUUGAUGAUGACAAGAAACUAUGUGUGCUGAUUGAAGGUGUCUACUUUAAGUUAGGCUGCAGCUAAAUCUUGUAUAAAUUAAAUGGAAAGAAGCUUAGUUGGAUUAACAAGAUUUAAGAAUGCAUACAUUUUGUAUAAAUUGUUGAGUCUUUUUCCAAACAAAAAGGGUUUAUCACUUGAUUUGUGUUAGAGAUAUGAUCUUAGGAGCAUAGUGGUGGAUUGCUGGUGGGUAUAUGGUCUUCAUUUUUAAUCUAAAUCUACUACGUUUUUAGA